AUGGUGUACCAGGAACUGGAGGUGAAGCUGGGAUUAAUGGCUUCCCCUCCCCUGCUUCAGCUCCUGGUGUUGAAGGGGUUCGAGGUUAUUCGAAGGGCUUGUGGUGUCCCCUGCCGCUCCACGGUGUUCCAGGAGCUCGAGGCGAUCGUGGCGCGCGUGAUGCCCCACCCCCACCCCCGCGCUGAAGAUAUUCCAAGUGUUCACGUGAUCCUGGAGUUAGUAGUGCUGCUAGGCCUCGUGGCUUUGCAGGAAGUGAUCAUGGGACCCCCCCCACCCCCACCGGGCUCAUGGAAUUAUAUUAUUAUUACUAUUGAAGACAGUGACACUGAUGAUGAUGAUGAUGAUGAUGAUGACGUUGUGUUAAUAGAAGAUUCUGAAGCAGAGAAUACUGACAAUAGCAUUUCCAAUGAUGACAUGCUGGCCAUAGAAUCAGAUUUUCAAGAUGAACAUGAUAACUCUCCUCAACCAACACAAAUAUAUGGAGCUACAGGUUUACCAUUGCUGGAUGAUCAAAUAGUUUCUCAGAUGAACCAUCCAGAAAAUUUAAAAAGAUUCAGCCCCUCCUCUGAAGAAGUGGAUUUUAUCCCAUCUUAUAAAAGAGGACGAUCAUCUAGUCCAACGGAGAAUAAUAUGUUAAAAAAUGUUCUUCCUGUACAAGUGCCAGGAACAGCAGAAAGCAACCUAGAAAACAACCCCAGGGCAACGAACUGUCCACAUGUACCAGGAAAUGAGAGUGACCAAUGUCCUUCCUCUGCACCUGUCAGCCCUCCACCCAAUUUUGUGGUUGAAAAAUUCAUACUUAUAGAAGUACCUGGAAACACAGAAAACAGCCAAGGAACCAACUCUCAACCAAUGUAUUACCCAGCUUUGUUAGGAAAUAUGAGUGGACCAAAUACUGAUACUUCAUCUCACACUGUUCGAUCCAAUUUUGCACUUGAAAAAGUUCUACUUAUAGAAACGCCAGAAGGAGCAGAAGCCAGCCCAGAAAACAACCCUCAGACAAUGCAUUACCCAGAUGCGCUUGGGGAUGGCAGUGGCCCGGGCACUACCUCGUCGUCUCACUCUUCUCCUCCCAAUUCUGGUUUCUGUGUGAACAUCAGCCUCCAUUUCUCUGGGAUAAUGCCCAAGCGCACAGAAACUGGGGCCUAUGGUGAUGAAUCCAGAACAGAAGUGAAUUCUGAGACAACGGCAGAGGAAGUUAACAGUGACCAAGAUGCUGAUUCACAGUCUUCCUUCUUCAAUCCCAAUAUGGUUUGUCUUGGAGAUCCAAGAAGAAAUGUCAGGAUCCUUAAUACUUAUCUGCUGAUGGCACAAAGGAAGAGCAAGCCUAAGCUGGCAGCCUGCUAUUUGGUUCGCAUUCUGUUCUCCAGGGAAGUCCUGAUGUGCAGCUCAGUCAGUGGCCAUCACCAUGGUAACCCACCCCUAGACCCAAACAAAAUCGCUGCAAUUAGAGAAUAUCUGACAACAGUUUUUCCCAACCAUGAUUUGCGUGAAUGUGGAAAAGACUGGAAAGCCUGUAUUGCUGAUAUCAAUGCUCUCAUUCGCUGUUUAAGUUCUGACUCCAAAAAAAUACUAGUGAAAACCAGUGAGGACAAUAAAGACUCUCCCAAACCAAAGUGUUCAGGUUUCAAUGAUAAAAGAGAUAGUGGGGCAGGCUGUUCUCAUUGGUGUCAGCGAGCAGCUGCCUCGGGAAUACGAGACAAUGGGAAUUUUCAGCCACACUGCAGUGCUUUACCUGAAGGAAUUGAGGGACCUUCCACUGAGAAUUCAGCUGACACUUUUGAAGCACUGGAUUAUUUUGGAGCUAGAUACAGAAAUAUUCUGUUGCCAUGUUCAGUCAUGAAAAUAGCGAAAGGGAAACCUCGCCCAGAGCUGUCAGCCAGAUACCUUAUUCGCAAGCUGUUCUCAGAGGAUGUCCUGAUAAGAAGUAACGUCUAUGGCAACCCAGAGCUUGGCAUGUGUGCCCUUAACUACAACAGGAUCAGCGCUCUCCGAGAAUUUCUGCAAGCUGCCUACCCAACUUGUGAUCUCUCAGAAGGUGGAUAUGAUUGGAAGCUGUGUGUAACAGCUAUCAAUAGCUGCAUCCGUAGCCUUAGAUAUGACCACAGAAGAUCCAUGUCCAAAUCACAGCCAACUGCAGCAGCGGCCACUUCAACAGAGCCCAAGCCAAGGGAUGAUGACUCCAGUGACAGAAGCACUUAA